AUGGACACAAAGUCCUUGCUCGCGCUCGUGGAGCAGUUGGAAGACAACAUCGACGAUCUCGAAGACAAUCUACAGCCACUGACUGAGGGCGCGUUGGCUACCACCACCAAAAAGCUACCAGUGCUGGAUAGGGCGAAGCUCAACGUUCUUCUCGUAUACUCUAUCGAGUCGCUGCUUUUCUCGUACCUAAAACUCCACGGAGUUCAGGCCAAAGACCAUGCAGUCUUCAGAGAAUUGACCAGGGUGAAGCAGUAUUUUGAAAAGAUUAAAGAAGUAGAAAAUGGGCCUUCCGCCCAGCCUUCCCUUACUCUGAACAAAGAGGCUGCAGGCAGAAUCAUCAAACAUGCUUUGGCGGGCAACAACAAAUACGACCUCGAGCGUGCCGAACGCGAAGCAAGAGAACGAGUCCUAGCGAACAAGAAGCUGAGAAGUCUGGAAGCGAGCAUGAAAGAAAAGGCAAAAGCACAGGAGACCAAUGAUGCUCUGGAGACAAAUGCCGCCCUACAGCAAGCCGCCGAGCUGGCGUCUAUACAACAAGCAACACCCGCGGAGUCCUCCCCCUCCAGCAGUGAAAAUGACUCUGAAGAAGAAGGUGCAGUACUUGAGUCUGAUCAAUCAACAUCGUCCGCGAAUAUACCCGUCACUGUCGCGCCGCCCAAACCUAUAGCAAACUCCAAAUCAGGUUCGAAACCCGGGAAUGCCUCUAGCCACAAGUCCCAUGAUAAAUUUCCACCAUCAGAACCGAAACAAGGCAAGAAGCGAAAGUCAAACCCCACUCAGGAGGAGCAAGAAGCCAAAAAACAGAAGAAACAAGAGAAGAAGGCCAAGAAGGCUCAAAACAAAGCCAACAAGAAGGCGAAAGCGAAGGCGAAGAAUGCCUCUGCGGCUGGCUGA